CCGGGCAAUCGUUUUGCUUCUCUGGUCAGAACGUUUCACCCGCCCAAACCGAACUCACUGAGUCGAAGCUCUCCGCGCCCCUCCUAACUCAACUCGCUCCCUCCUCAAUCCGAUGGAUUCCCGGUACAAAUCGGAGAGGCGCGUCCAGAUCGACGAGCCUCAGCCUCCGAAAUCGGACGCCUUCGAGGAAGAUUCCCCAGGAUCACGAGGAAUCGACGGAGACGAUGACGAAGAGCGCAGCAUGAGAUUCAAACCCUCGUCCAACAACGUGACCGAGGAUCAAGAGCCGUUCAUGGGGUUCAAGGUCCGGAGGAAGGCCUCGUUCCACAGGGACUACAAAGGAGACUACCUCGACGUGCCGUCUCACCCUUUUCUGAUGAAGAUUUUGCAGAAACAAGGUGAUAAGCAAGUUCUAUUUGCUGAUAAAGUUUUGAAGUUCACUGGCUCGGGGAAGAUGAAACGACGUAUUCUUUUGAUCACCGACUUUGCCUUAUAUAUAGUUGACCCUGAGACUGAUGCCCUCAAACGGCGGAUAGCCCUGGCAGCUGUGGAGAAAAUGUGCUUGAGUGAACUAAGUGAUAACUUCUUUGCGGUUAUAGUUCCUACAGAAUAUGAUUUACUCAUGGCUAGCACACGGAAAACAGAAAUUGUGACUGUGUUAGUUGAAGCCACGAAGAGUGACUAUGAACUUGAAGUGAAUUUUUCCAACAGGUUUGAGUACAAUGCUGCUGCUGAACUGGUGAAAGAAGUUCAAUUUGAGGAAGUUGAAGGUGGUGUUAAGACAAAAAUCACAAGGAAGUAGACUGCAUCUCACCAUUUACUAGCCUCCCGCAGAUGAUCGAUGAUCUUUGGGCCUAGGCAACAGUUCGUAUGUCACCACACUGUCCGAGUAUGAUUUUGGUUUGAUGUGAGUGGUGCUUUCCGGAGAGCGGGAAAUGGGUAGAUAACAAUGUUGUUUUCCAAUUGUAAAACCAGCGCAAAUCGUCCAUGUAUACAUGUAACUUUGUAGGAGAGUGCGGCAUUGUACAAUACAUACUUUUGAGCUCUUGGGUUUUUGCGGUAGUGAUCUCAAGUGGGAAACGACUAGGGUCCACAGGGCCCUGAUAUUCUUAUGCUUCUACUUGUGUAAGUUCCACUCUCCAACAUCGCGUAUUUAGGGCUAAAAUGGAGGGGAUUGGUUAUUUACAACUUUCACCAAAAUUGACAAAAUUGUUGAUAACUGCCCUAAACUACAAGGGCGAUACCUUUGGCCCGACCAACAGGAUCCUACAAACACGCGACGCUUGUUCUGGGGAGGCAUUUCUUGAAGGCGAAAAUAGGAAAUCGUAAUGACUUUCUUCUCUAAAAGCGUCUUUUAAGUGUUUGAAGAGCUUGUGGCACGCUCAUCUUCAAUGGCAGUUGGAUGAUGGUUUCAAGAA